GCCAUGGAAACCCAUUCCAUGAAGCUCUGGGUUUACACACUGUUGUUGGGCUCAUCUGAGGGCCACACCACAAGUUUGGAGGUUCUUUAGCUACUUUGACUCUGCAGACAGUUUGGCAACUUCUGCACACUGUGCGCUUCAGCAUGCGUUUUGACCCCGCCUGUCAUUGUGACGUGGUUCCAACACUUGAAGCAGUCUGCAUGCCUAGGGGCUUGAAUUGUAUAGUACACCUGUGCCCAUGGAGGCGGGAUUGGAACACUGAAUUCCCUUCCCCACAUGUGAUAUGGAGGGGAUUGGAACACUGAAUUCACAUGAUAUGGAGGGGAUUGGAACACCUGAAUCACUAUGAUAUGGAGGGCUGGGGACA